AUGUCGGACGAUAACCUUCCUCUGUUCAGAAAUCCCGUCACACGCCCGGCCAGUGUCCAAGGCAUUCAGCAACUCGCUCUCAAACCAUUCACGAUUGUCGAAGGCAUUGAACAGCAAGCUGGCAAUUCGAAGUAUAUGCCAGUCGAUGAUGAACACUACGACAAUCCAGAGUUUCGGCAUCACAAGGAGGCUACUAAUUCAGAGCUAUUCUAUGAUUUGUUCUUCGUUGCUAACCUGACGGUGUUUUCAUACAUCCAUGAUGUCAACGAUAUCACGACUCUGGCACAGUUCGUCGGGUUCUUCUGCAUAUUAUGGUUCACAUGGUACAAUGUGGCGCUUUACGAUGUGCGCUUUGCAACGGACAGCGUUAUCGAGCGCGUGUUCAAGUUCUUGAAUUUCGGCUUCAUGAUCGGCUUCGCGGCAGUGGGUCCUCGCUUCAAAGUGGCCGCAUCAGAAUCCGAUGAGCACGCCUCCAACUAUUACAACUCCUUGACACUGAUACUCGCCGCCAGCCGCUUCACCCUCGUCAUCCAGUACCUACAGACAGCAUGGUUCGUUCGCUGCAACAAGGACACCAAGGUGCCGCUUUGUCUCACAGCUGGUUCAUACUUCCUUGCCGGUCUGAUCUAUCUGGUCGUAUGGUGGAACUUCCCCAAGUGGCAAGGUUCGGAGAACCCACUCGACCCAAUGCACCUUCAGCGCAUAGACGACCCUCACUUGCAGAAUGUGGAUGACCCGCAAACCGUCACGAGUAUGGCGGCCACGCAACGUGAUCAUACUUAUAUUGCCUGGUACAUCCUCGCGAUCGGGGAGACGAUGGCAGCGAUCGCGAUCUCGAUCGUAUGGCGCAAGACUGUGGGCUUCAAGGGCACUCACCUCGUGCAGCGAAUGAGUCUCCUCACUCUGAUCAUCCUCGGAGAAGGCCUCAUCGGCAUCGCAAAGCACACUCAGAUCCUGGCCUCCUACGCCAUCUUCUCCUUCGAAGUCUCCAACGCCGCCAGUCUCGUCAGCGCAGUGCUCAUCUUUUACUUCAUCUACAUGCUCUACUUUGACUGGAUGGACGAAGAUCACUUUGGCAGUAUUCGACAACAGAUUUGGUCCUUUCUGCACUUCCCCUUCCAUUUCGCUUUGGUUCUGACCAUCGAAGGCGUCAAUCAGAGCAUCAUGUGGCGAGCAGCGAUGGUUGCAGCAGGGAAACUCUACAAAGUGUAUGAGAAGCAGGAUAUCGAUGCGCCGAGAGCUGCGAUUGCGAAGACGUGGGACUACACCGCUUCCAGUAUCAUAAAGGAAUCGCUCUCGGCAUCGAAAGGGUUGGCUGCGACAUUGGAUGGCCUCAACACACAAUCCUUCAUCGAUGACUACGUCGAGGACAUCCGUGAGGGCACCGAUCCCGAAUCCGUUCGCCUCAACGUCGACAGACUGUGGUCGAUCUCCAACACAGCGAUCUUGAACACCGCCGGUUUUGGAGCACAGAAGAACUUGACGGAAGCACUGCUGAAGAGUGGGAAGGCUGUGACAGACCAAGAUGUGGAGAUGAAAGAAUACAAGAGCAAUGCCACGUUUAAGCUGGCGUACAUAUACCUCUUCGUGGCGGUGGGAUGCGUUGUGCUGCUAUGCACGCUGCUGGCCAGUCUAGGGAAGAGGCAUAAGAAGCAGACGUACCAUUGGAUACGAUUGCGAAUCUCAGCGGUCAUUGGGUUGACGUUGUGUUUGUUGAGCUUCAUGGUGUUGGCGGCGGGUGAGACGGCGAGGGAGUAUGGGUUUGUGAGUAGUGGAUGGGUGUUGCCCACGAUUGCGAUGCUGUUGUUUUGUGCUGCUGUGCUGAACAACAUCAAGCCAACGUUCCUGGCGCCGGCGGAGAAGCACAAUGACGGGCGGACGAGGGAAAUGGAGAUGAAGCCAAGGAGAGGACAUCACGGCAAAGAGCCGUCGCGAGGUUGA